AUGUGCUCCCUGCUCCGGGGGGAAGAGAUGUGUCUGGCCCAGCUGUUCCUGCAGUCCGGGUCCGCAUACGACUGCAUCAGUGAACUUGGAGAACUUGGGCUUGUGGAGUUUAGAGACCUCAAUCCCAGUGUUACCACAUUCCAGCGGAAACACGUCAAUGAGAUAAAGAAAUGUGAAGAGAUGGAGAGGAUCCUUGGGUACCUUCUGAGGGAAGUCAAGAAAGCCGACAUUUCACUCCCAGAAAGAGACGUGAACCCAGUAGCUCCUUUACCCAAGCACAUCAUGUCUAUAAUGGAGCAGCUGCAGAGAUUGGAAGUGGAGUUGGGUGAAGUCACCAGGAAUAAGGACAAGCUUCAGAGGAACCUUCUGGAGCUGACAGAGUACACACACAUGCUGCGAAUCACACGCACUUUUGUGCAGAGAUCAGUGGAGCGAGAACCCCUACAAGCUCAGUAUGAGGAGUUUCCCUUCCUUGAGAAAGACACAAUGCUGGAAUACAGCAGCAUGCAAAGACUUGGAGCCAAAUUGGGGUUCAUUUCGGGGCUUAUUCAGAGGACAAAGAUCCAGGCGUUUGAGCGAAUGCUUUGGAGAGUGUGUAAAGGCUACACCAUCCUCAGCUACGCAGAGGUCGAGGAGUAUCUGGAAGACCCUGACACAGGGGAGCCUUCCAAACGUGUGGUGUUCCUCAUCUCUUACUGGGGAGACCAGAUCGGACAGAAAGUGAAGAAGAUCUGUGAUUGCUACCACUGUCACUUGUAUCCGUAUCCCAGUAGCAAUGAGGAGAGAAAUGAUGUUGUGGAAGGACUAAGAACUCGCAUUCAGGACCUGCACACAGUACUCCACAGGACGGAGGACUACCUGAAGCAGGUUUUGAUGAAGGCCUCAGAAUCCGUCUACACCUGGGUCAUCCAGGUCAAGAAGAUGAAGGCCAUCUACUAUAUUCUGAACCUGUGUAGUUUGGACGUUACUAACAAGUGUCUGAUCGCUGAGGUGUGGUGUCCUGUCGAUGACAUUCCCACACUGCAGAGGGCCCUGGAAGAAGGAUCGAGAAAAAGCGGAUCGACGGUUCCUUCCUUUGUCAAUCGCAUCCCCACCAACGACGCUCCCCCCACACUGAUAAGGACCAACAAAUUUACCUCUGGCUUCCAGAACAUUGUGGACGCCUAUGGAGUGGGCAAUUACAGAGAAGUUAACCCCGCUCCUUUCACAAUCAUCACUUUCCCAUUCCUGUUUGCGGUGAUGUUUGGGGAUCUGGGCCAUGGAGCGAUCAUGGCUCUGUUUGCUCUCUGGAUGGUGCUGUACGAGAACAACCGCAAACUUAAAAACACCAGAAAUGAGAUCUGGAACACAUUCUUUGAGGGGCGUUAUAUCAUCCUGAUGAUGGGCCUGUUCUCCAUCUACACUGGCCUGAUUUACAACGACUGCUUCUCCAAGUCCCUUAACAUCUUUGGUUCUGGAUGGAGUGUGAAGGCCAUGUUCACAGAGGGGGUGUGGAAGAUUGCUGAUAUCCGUGGGAAUCGUUUUCUCACUCUAGAUCCAAAUGUUACGGGAGUUUUCACUGGACCGUAUCCUCUGGGAAUUGACCCGAUCUGGAACUUGGCAUCCAACCGGCUUACAUUUCUGAACUCGUAUAAGAUGAAGAUGUCAGUAAUAUUGGGCAUCAUACACAUGAGCUUUGGGGUCAUCCUCAGCACAUAUAAUCACUUGCACUUUAAGAAGAAGUACAACCUCUACUUGGUAUUUCUCCCUGAGCUCCUCUUCCUGCUGUGUCUUUUUGGCUACCUGGCGUUCAUGAUAAUCUACAAGUGGCUGGUGUUCACUGCUAAGGACUCCCGACUCGCUCCAAGCAUCCUCAUCCACUUCAUAAACAUGUUCCUCAUGCAGGGGGACGGAAUGCAGCCCCUCUACCCAGGACAGACUGGCCUGCAGGUGUUUCUGGUGGUCAUUGCUGUUCUCUCCGUGCCUGUCUUACUCCUGGGGAAACCUGUCUACCUUUACUGGCUUCACAACGGCAGCAACCGCAUAGGGAUGUACAGGGGAUAUGAGCGUGUACGGCGUAACAGUGAAGAGGAGCUCUACCUGAUGAGGGCUCAUGACAUGGAGGAGGGCAGCGGCCACAGUGAUCUCUCCACCAGUGGAGAGCGCCCGACAGAGGAGUUUGACUUUGGAGAUGAGUUCCUUCAUCAGGCCAUUCACACUAUAGAGUAUUGCCUGGGUUGCGUCUCCAACACAGCCUCCUACCUCAGGCUCUGGGCUCUGAGCCUGGCACAUGCCCAGCUAUCAGAGGUGCUGUGGGCCAUGGUAAUGCGAGUUGGACUACGAAUGGACACAACUCUCGGGGUUUUAUUCCUGGUGCCUGUGUUUUGCCUGUUUGCCGUUCUUACUGUCUCCAUCCUCCUGGUAAUGGAGGGUCUGUCUGCAUUCCUUCAUGCUCUCCGGUUGCACUGGGUGGAGUUCCAAAAUAAAUUCUACAGCGGGACUGGAGUCAAGCUUUGCCCCUUUUCCUUCUCUCUCCUGCCAUCCAGCUUUGAACAUGACGGCUUACUGUGAAGGGAAUCUGGUAAUAGUUAGGUGGUUAAAGGAGCCAAAAAAAGCUGCUUUUAAAGAUAUGUUCUAAAGAAGUCAUGAGAGGAUUUUGAAUGUUCUUGUCAUCUUUGAAACAAUAAUUGCAAGUGUAUGUAAGACGGGGUGUUUUGUACCACCAGCAUCAGUUUGCUUCACUUGAGGUUGAAAUGUGAGGCUUAGAUUGAAACGUAACUUGUAUACGUAAAACUAAUUUUCUACUGAGGCAUCCUGGUUACAGUUGAUGACAUUUGUACAUUGAAAAAUAUGAAAAAGAUUGAGUGAUUUUAGUAUGAGAUAACUUAACAGGAAUGAACACAUGGGGUUUGCUAUAUAGACAGGAUAAACAUUUAAAAAAUAACAUAAAUUUUACCUUUUUAAGAAAAUAAUAUUAUCCUCCAUUUCUCCUCUGUUCCUAGGUUAAUCAAUUUUGGAAUAUUGUUUGUAUGAAUACUUUUCAGUUUUGGCAGUUUUUGUUGCACUGAUUGCCUUACAUAAUUACAACCCAGCCACAGCAUACUGUAUAAUUCUUCAGUUUCUCUUGUGUUCUUACUGUAUGUUACCAAAACGCUGCGAAGGAUCUGAGAAGGUGUGUGAUGCUGAGAUGUAUAUACUUUAUAGAAAUAUUUUUUAAUUUAUUAUUUUUUUAAAUGAUGUGUUUAAAAACAUUAAAUUCAUGUUAAUGGGGAUUUGAGUCGGCCACAUACUGUACAGAUUAACAUUCAGAGCAGUUUUUGACCCAGCUCUUACUUUGAAAGACCCUAUUGCCAUCCAAAUCAAUUGCCCGGCUGUAUUAAAUCUUUCUUGGAUAACGUUGAUUUAUGUACUAAUAUUAGGCACGAGAAGUUUUUUGCUAAUUUGCAAAAGUUGUAAUGCAAAGCUAGUUUGCAAAAAAUUGUAUUAAUGAAAAUUCACUGGCAAAACACUUUACAUACAACAUAUUUCUGAAAGUCAUAACCAUGUGUGUGAACUUUCAACAGUGGAUCAAUAUAGUUUAUAAUCUUGGCACAAGUGGCGGUCGCUUUUUUUAUUGUGGCAAGUGAGGUUUGUUUACCACCUGUUUGCCUGUAGGAUUGUUUUAGGGGUUGGUUGAAGGGGUAACAUGUCUUCUAAUUCAGUCCUAAUCUUGCCAUUUUGUUUUAUAUUCAGAAUCAAAAUUCAUUGACAAACACUCCAUGUUCAUGUUCUUUGAGAAAAUCAUCAUGUCAAUAAAUUGUGUUUUUUAAAGUUG